AUGGCCUCCACUAGUAUCACUUGUAUUACUUCCAUCUUGGAUGAUCUGCAAGCGCUGGAUUAUCCAGAAUUUCCAAAUUGGCCGCAGAAGUACCUGAGACGCAUGAGACACAUGCGAAGAUAUCUGAGAACAUUUCUUCUGUGUGCGAGAAAAUACAGCAACCAUGAUGUGCAAUUACUAUUUGACAACAAAAAGAACCAGGCAGAUAAUCAUCAUGCAAGCCUAGAAGCUCUGGCAGUUCGGAUUGGAGAUGUUAUUCCCAAGUGGGCAAAGGAGAUCCAAUCUUCUGAUCAGCCUUGGAAAGUGGUCCAUGAUUUAGAAAAAGACAUGGAAUCCUUCGAACAAGAAAUUUGCGAAUGGUACGUCUUUUUCUUGGGUUCCUCGUCACGGCAGUCCAGUAAUUCGGUCGUUCGAAAAGAUGACCUUAUGGAAUUCAUGGAUUCUCUUCUGGAGAAUCUAGUGAAUUAUCUUCCAAGGAGUCGGCUGCCACAUCAAGUUGGACUAAUUAAAGCCCUUGAAGAGAAGCUGGCGUUCAUGAAAAACUUCAUCCGUUUUCUCACACUGCAUGGCGUUGAAAACACAGAAUUGGGACCUUUGUUGGUUCACACUGAAGCUGUGGCUAUCAAUGCAGCAGGCCUCUCUUAUAAGUUCCAGUUUAAGAAGGGUUUCGGAUCGCCCAAGGAUAUCAAGGAAAGCAUUUCGGAACUGCCGCAGAAGAUUAUUCCUGUUGAACCGCAAGUCCUUGAGACUUGUAUCAAGGCCCUGAUUGCUUCAAAAUUAUCAAGACAAUCAUACGGAGAUACAGAUGAGCGCAUAUUGAGAGACUUCUACCAUUCUCUCCUGUGUAAUCUUUGGGAGAAACUAAAGCAUGGUACUUGUCCUGUGAUUUUGCGUCAACUACAAAUGUUUUACGAGGGGCUCAAUUCCUUGAGAACCAUUUUGAAGGAGAAGCCAAAGGAGUUCGAUGAGAAAGUAAGAGAUCCUACUCGAGUCGUGAAAUGUUAUGGAGGAGAUUUUAUUUCCCCACUCUCUCUGAAUGCAAUCAAAGACGCCAUACAAGCCAAGGAUAUGGAUAUCGUGUGUUCUGAGUUAUUGGAAAUAAUUAAGCUCAUCGAUGCAGUAAUCACAGAGAAGUGUCCAGAAUCAUCAUCAUUCACUUUUCCUACGACCAAUGGACUGGGCUUUGUUGAUUCCCUUCUAGAAAAGAUGAUGGAUGUGACAAGUUCUGAGGCCGGCUCGAUUGCUUUGAUCGAUCAUCCAAUUCAAAAAGUCCAGGAAGUACUUGUUUGUUUACGUUCUUUGCUGUGGAAAAUUGUGGAGCUGCAAAAUGAAGAUGAGGAGGUCCAGGCAAUUUGGAAUCGUAUUGUUGGGGUGGCAUACAGGAUAGAGCUUUUUAUUGACUCCUUAAUAACUGGAAAUAUCUUAGAUUCUUCUUCAAUGUCCAUUCAUUCCAUUUUAGAAGAAAUGAACAUCAUUAAAGCUGCGGCCUUGAAGAUUUGUGAUAGCGAAAGACUUGGUGGAAAAGUUAAGGAAGUAACGAAGAGAUUCAAUCACAUGCCACAAGAAGGAAGUAAGCCAAUAGUCAAUGAUGUGGUGGUGGGAUUCGAGGAUGAGACGGCAUCGAUAAUCAAUGGACUCAGAAAUGGAUCACGCCAAGUGAAAAUUGUUUCCAUUAGAAAUCUGUUGCUUCAAAUUUUGACUUGUAUUGAGUCCAAGCUUCCUGAGGAUGUUUUUAAGAUGGGUGAAGAAGAUCUGGCUCUUCAAGUCAAAAGACGUUUGCUGAAAAACAGAUAUCUCAUUGUUUUGGACGAUGUAUGGGACAUUGAUGCAUGGAACGGAUUGGAAGCCUCAUUCCCUGAUGAUGGAAAUGGAAGUAGAGUUAUCUUGACAAGUCGGCUCCGUGGUGUUGCUUCCCAAGACCAACUCGACCAUGAACCAUAUUCUCUUCGUCAACUCGCUCCUAAUGAGAGCUGGGAUUUGCUAAAAGGGAAGUUAUAUCCUGGACAAGAUUUGGCUCCUCCAGAACUAUGUGAAAUUCGACAGCAAGUCGUGGAAAUGUGUCAAGGACUACCUCUUACGGUUGUCAUUCUUGCCGGAAUUCUCUCAAGGAUGGACCGACAUGAUUGGAAAGAAGCUGUGGAAGGUUUAAGUUCAAGGAAUGUUUCUAGUACGGAACAAUGUACCGCUACAUUAGAGCUGAGUUACAAACAUUUACCUGAUACUUUGAAGGCAUGUUUUCUUUAUUUUGGAGCCUUUCCAGAAGACCAUGAACACAAUACCAAGAGGUUGAUUUCUCUAUGGGUCGCUGAAGGUUUUGUUCAAAAAACUCAUCCCAAGAGAUCAGAGGAUGUGGCAAAUGAUUACCUGAUGGAACUUAUUAGCAGAAGCUUAGUCACAGUUUCCAAACCAAGAUCCAUUGAUGGGGUCAAAGCCUGUCGCAUUCACGAUUUGUUGUAUGAGUUUUGCGUGACAAAAGCCAAAGAAGAAAACUUUUCACGGCUGGUACGCAGGGAUGAUAAACUAUCUGAUAUCAAUGUGCCAUUCUUCCUACGCCGCUUAUGCAUUGAUUCUAAGGUGGAGCACUUUGACAACUUGAGGUUAUGUUCUCCUGCCAUACGCAGUCUAUUAUUAUUCAGUCACGAUGAAGGCAAUGGAAGUUGUUUUGACCUUCGAUUCAUUUUUCACAUCAUAAAACUUGUCAAAGUGUUAUAUUUGAGCCAAAUUAAACUAGAAGGCAUCUUUCCUAGAGAACUAGAACUGCUUGUUCACUUGAGGUACUUGGCAAUUCUAGGUAAUGGCAGUCCCGUCCCAGCAUCAAUAAGUUAUCUCACCAACUUGGAAACUUUGAUUUGGCGAAAUUCUAGGAGUCAUGGUUCAGUUUCAUUGCCAGAUACUAUAUGGAACCUGAAGAAAUUAAGGCAUUUACAACUAAUGGACGAGGUCGAUAAGAAUUAUCAUUUUAGAUUCCCUGAGAACAACCUUGACAACUCUUCACAGUUGUGUGACUUAGAUAUCUUGUCCUGUCUAAGCCUCAAUCCUCGGAAGAACAUCAACAAGUUGUUGAGAAAGUUUCCAAAUAUCCGCAAGCUGAGAAGCUCUCUUUAUCUCGAUAAGGGCUGUGAAUAUCAUGUAGCAAUGGAUUGUCUAAGUCAUUUGGAAUCGCUCAGUCUGAGUUGCGUUGUUUACGGCGGUGACCGAUAUCAGUUAGAUUUCCAAUUUCCUUUGACCAUUAAAAAAUUGACCCUAUCUUAUUUUCGCUUGCCAUGGAGCAAAAUGGCAGCAAUUGGAAAUCUACCCAAUCUUGAGGUGCUCAAAUUACUCAAACAAGCCUUUGAGGGGGAAAUAUGGGAAAUGGAAGCAGAGAAGUUCCCUAGUGUUCGUUUCUUGAAAUUAGCUUCCUUGAACAUUGUGAAGUGGACAGCCUCCUCCGAGUAUGAAUACGAGGACCAGUACUAUUUUCCUCGUCUCCAGAAGCUAGUGUUGGAAAGCUGUGAUGCAUUGCAGGAGAUCCCUUCUUGUUUGGGAAAUAGUUCAACUCUUGAAAUAAUUGAGGUGUCAAAAUGUCCCAACUGUACCAGUUCAUUGGAGGAAAUUCAGGAAGAGCAAAGAAGCAAUGGAUAUACCGAUCUGAAGAUCCUUAUCUCAUAA